AUGGUUGAGGAUGACACUGAUAAACCCUCUACUUCAAAUGUUUGUAACUUUGAUCAUGUGAGUGUAAGAGACAGUCAAACGGAUAGUAGUGAUGAUGAGGAUGAAGAAAAAGUUUUGAACAAUUCUAAGCCACAAAAGUAUGUUUCAAACGAAAAAACCAUUAAACAAAUUGUUGUUGACCAAGUGUUUGGAGACACUAAAAAUUUCGACAAAGUGUUAUUUGAAAAAGGUGCUCAUUUUCUGGAAACGAACAUUGUGGUGUAUCCAAAUUUUAAAUGUACAGAUGAUGUUCUAUUUACGAAUCAAGUGUUUUUCACUACUGGAAAUGUUGAAAACAUCAAACUGGAGUUCAACAAAAUGGUCAAAGAAGAUAACAAGAAAAUAUCAGACGAAGGAUUCUUUUCAAAUCAAAGCACUGUCGAAAACAAUCUAACAAAGAAUUCGUCUGUUUUCCAAAGACAAAAGCCACAAGGAAAAUCAGUUGAAAAACAAGAAAAUAUAAAAGAGAUUUUGAAACAAGAAUCAAAGGAAACAAAUGAGAAUGUGAAACUUAAUUCACAAGAAUUUAAGAUUCUUGUUGAAAAGUUUUCGAAUGAAAAAAGAAUUUCGAAAGGACAGGCACAAAAUAUUUUUUUUUUUGCAAAUAAAAAAGAAAAUCCUGCUCAACCAAUUUCAUCUGAUUCUCAAAAUUAUUCAAUGAAGUUUUCAACAUCUUCAAAGAUUUUUCAAAGAAAUGCUCAAAAAAAGAAUUUUCAUUCAAAAAGCCAACAAAAGUUUUCAACUUCAAAUUCAUCUUUUCCGAAACCAACAAACCCUCAAAACAGAUUCUCUUCAAAUAGAACAAAUCAAUAUUUUGCUAAUGUUCCUAAGUUUGAAACUGUUCGAAAGUUUGAAGACAAUCAAACAUUUGUGAAUGAUGAAUCCAAAACAUCUGCAAAGUUUAUUCCACAAAAACCAAAUUUUCCGAAUCCGUCUUCACACGAAGCCACUAAAGUUUUGUACACCAAAGGUUCAUCUGGGUUUGGGGGCAAUCACAAAUGUCAAGUAAAAGGAUACGGGAAAGUAACGAAUGGACAGUUUACUGUAAAUCACGUUGCUUAUGUCAAAGGUCUUCAACAUAAUUUGAUAAGUGUUUCACAACUUGUUGUGGACACUAGCAAUCAAGUUGUGUUUAACGAAGAAAGUAUCAUUUCUAAUGUUGAGACGAAUGAAGUUUUGCUGAAAUCAAAAAGAUAUAGAGAUAUGUUCACUCUUGACAUCAAACCAAUUGUUGGGGAACCCUCAGUUUGUCUAAUUUCAAUAGCUGCAUCUGAUGUUAGCUGGUUGUAG